GGGGCCCGAGUGUCCCGGGCUGGAGCGUGGGGGGCAGGAGUAAUCUCGUGGCUGCGGACGUAGGCACUCUGGGGGCGCACACGGGGACACGCACACAACAUCUUGGACGACGGGCACGUGCCACUCACACCGCUACCCUCGCGGUCGGUCACACAUGCUGGGAGUUGUAGAUCACGGGCAGAAGUCAGCCCGACAGCUUCCCGUAAGACGACACAGUGACACACUCACCCACGCUUCGCAUUCAUUCACAAGCCGACGCGCAGCGACUCUCUGUCACCCAGCCAGGCGGCACCACACACAGCCUUCGCCGUCCCACAUAAGUCACGGUGCCAGUCAUUUAUCCUCAACCACACGCAGCCACUCGCCCACGCACAGGGCUACGAUAACAUACAAGUCACCUCAUCUAUCUACACUCAUACACAACGCUUCCACACAGGUUCGCAGCUGCUGUCACAUCCAGUGGCAACGGGGGACAGUCACACAAAGAAGUAGCUCCGACAGUCACAGCUCAGACUCACAAUGACCCACAAGUGUACACGUUCGGUCACGCAGAUCCAUCCCCUGGAGGAGAAGCCCCAGCUACAAAUCGCCCUGACGGCCACCUAGUCACACCCGGACACACCCAGGGACAGUCACAGGCUCCAGCACCCUCCACUGCUCGCCCCCACCCCUCGGUUGUCCACACUCGCGCGUCGGGGUUUUAACUUCUCGGCGCUGAGCAUUAAUUGGGCCGUUUACUAAUUGGCCGUCACUACCCCGUGGCGCCUCUGAUUUUAUGCCGGUGUCGUCCAAUCAAGGCCUAUCCCUUCCCUGGAUUGGGGAGCUAGCGUCCCUCCAGGCUGGAGCCGCAGCGAGGAGUUUGAUGGUGACAGUGCCUACGUGGGGAUGAGUGACGGAAAUCCAGAGCUCCUGUCAACCAGCCAGACCUAUAACAGCCAGGGCGAGAGUAACGAAGACUAUGAGAUUCCUCCUAUAACGCCUCCCAAUCUCCCUGAGCCAUCCCUCCUGCACCUGGGGGAUCACGAAGCCGGCUACCACUCGCUGUGUCACGGCCUUGCGCCCAACGGUCUGCUCCCUGCCUACUCGUACCAAGCAAUGGAUCUCCCUGCCAUCAUGGUGUCCAACAUGCUGGCCCAGGACGGCCAUCUGCUGUCAGGCCAGCUGCCCACGAUCCAGGAAAUGGUCCACUCGGAGGUGGCGGCAUAUGACUCAGGCCGGCCAGGGCCCCUGCUGGGCCGCCCGGCGAUGCUGGCCAGCCACAUGAGUGCCCUCAGCCAGUCUCAGCUCAUCUCCCAGAUGGGUAUCCGGAGUGGCAUUGCUCACGGCUCCCCAUCACCUCCAGGGAGCAAGUCAGCGACCCCCUCUCCAUCCAGUUCCACACAGGAGGAGGAAUCAGAUGCCCAUUUCAAGAUCUCGGGAGAGAAGAGACCCUCAGUGGACCCAGGCAAAAAGGCCAAGAAUCCAAAGAAGAAGAAGAAGAAGGACCCCAAUGAGCCACAGAAGCCAGUGUCGGCCUACGCUCUCUUCUUCAGAGACACUCAGGCUGCCAUCAAGGGGCAGAAUCCCAGUGCCACCUUUGGAGAUGUGUCCAAAAUAGUGGCGUCCAUGUGGGACAGCCUGGGAGAAGAGCAGAAACAGGCGUAUAAGAGGAAGACUGAAGCUGCCAAGAAGGAGUACCUGAAAGCCUUGGCGGCCUACAGAGCUAGCCUCGUGUCCAAGAGCCCCCCGGACCAAGGUGAGGCCAAGAACACUCAGGCAAACCCACCAGCCAAAAUGCUUCCACCCAAGCAGCCCAUGUACGCCAUGCCCGGCCUGGCUUCCUUCCUGACGCCCUCCGACCUGCAGGCCUUCCGCAGUGGAGCCUCUCCCGCCAGCCUUGCCAGGACGCUGGGCUCCAAGGCCCUGCUGCCGGGCCUCAGCACAUCGCCGCCACCACCCUCCUUCCCUCUCAGCCCCUCACUGCACCAGCAGCUGCCACUGCCCCCCCACGCGCAGGGCACUCUCCUCAGCCCGCCUCUCAGCAUGUCCCCAGCCCCGCAGCCUCCUGUCCUGCCUGCCUCCAUGGCACUCCAGGUGCAGCUGGCGAUGAGCCCCUCACCUCCAGGGCCACAGGACUUCCCACACAUCUCUGAUUUCUCCAGUGGCUCUGGCUCCCGCUCACCUGGCCCAUCCAACCCUUCCAGCAGCGGAGACUGGGAUGGGAGUUACCCCAGUGGGGAGCGUGGCCUCGGCACCUGCAGCCUGCUCCCCAGGGAUAAAUCGCUCUACCUCACCUAAUCCCGCCUCCCCUCCCUCCCUGAGGCUCUCCGGAGGGCACUGCUCCGAGCAGGAAGGGCUGACCACAGGAAAGAGGCCAUGGCAGCAGGCAGGGUGACCGGCCAGCGAGAGCAGUGACACACCUAUGCCCCAGGGCUGAGUCUCUCCCUCGACCUCCCACCAGACUCUGCAGAGGCAGCCCACCGCCCACCACCAGCCCAAAGAACCUGCAGGAACCUUCUGCCCGCUGACCUGCUUGCUCCAGGGUAGCUGUGGACCCCGCUCCUUGGCCUGCACACAGUCCCCUGCGUCUGGACUUCUGGCCCCAGCCCCAACUCACCGGGCUGCCCCCUUCGAAGUUGCUUAGCAACAGACACCCACCCCUGAUGCUGGGCCAGCCACAGGUGUGCUCUCAGUGUACACAAAGAUGCUGAAACUCGUUCUGUGGGUUCUGUGUAAGUAGUUCACUGUUUUAGAACUGUGCUGAAGACAUCUGUAAGAUUAUUUUGUGGGGAGAAAGAAAGUUUCCUUUAAGGUUAAAAAAAUUUUUAUAAGACCUUUGGCACAUUUUUUUUUAAGUUUUAUCUUAAGGGAGACAUGUGCACAAGCAACUGUCAAGGUGAUUCUAAUCUGCACACAGAGAAAAUGGGAACUUUUAAGCCACACCCAGGGGCAUUCUUCUUCCUCUUCUUCCUCCUCCUCCUCUUCUUCUUCCCCCUCUUCCUCUUCUUUUUCCUCUUCUUCCUCUUCUUCAUCCUCUUCUUCCUCUUCCUCUUCUUCAUCUUUUCCUCUUCUUCCUCUUCUUCCCCUUCUUUCUCUUUUUCCUUUUCCUCUUCUUCCUAUUCCUCUUCUUCCCCUUCUUCCUCUUCUUCUUCCUCUUCUUCCCCUUCUUCUUCCUCUUCUUCCCCUUCUUUCUCUUCUUCCUUUUCCUCUUCUUCCUCUUCUUCCCCUUCUUUCUCUUUUUACUUUUCCUCUUCUUCCUAUUCCUCUUCUUCCUCUUCUUCCUCUUCUUCCCCUUCUUCUUCCUCUUCUUCCCCUUCUUUCUCUUUUUCCUUUUCCUCUUCUUCCUAUUCCUCUUCUUCCUCUUCUUCAUCUUCCUCUUCUUCUUCCCCUUCUUCCUCUUCCUCUCCUUUCCUUCUUCUUCUGCCUCUUCGUCCUCUUCUUUCUCUUUUUUUUGUUUCUGUUUUACUCAUAUAUCCCCCCUAUUUAAAAUUGCCGGCAAUGAUUUUGGUUAUCUAUUUAUGAAGAAAAACUGAGAACAGCAUUGUGGUUUCUCCUAACGUGUGUGUGGUCGGGGUUUGGGUUUGGUUCUUGUCGUUCGCAGCUGUCUCCUGGCCCCUGCAAUGUCUGUCCUGGUGCCCCAGUGCUUCGCUCAGACCUCUUUGUAAUAAAACUGCUGAAAAGUGGCAAACA